AAAAACUGCACUCAUUAUGACUUUCACUUCACAAUCAUCAAUAAACGAAAAGUGUAAUAAUUCUAACCAACAAAAUUAAACAGGUGUUUUUAUAACCACGUUUAUCGUCAAAUACUUGAAGGAUGUCAAAUUUAAUCAAAGUUAUAUUUUUCCUAGUAAUUUCGAGCAUUUUUAAUCAAGUUUACUGUCUACGCUGCUACACCUGUAGCUAUGUUGAUCCGAGUCCUGAUAAAUCAUGCAUUUCGAGUUCUGAAACAGAGGGACAACGAACGACCUUGUGCUCGAAAAAAUACUGCACCAUUCAGCGACAGGAAACUUUGAAUCCACCAGGAAAGAUUGUUUCGUUUAUCAGAGAUUGCCAGGACAAACCAUUGUACCUCAACGAUAUCCAAUCCGAUUCAACAUACAAAGUCUAUUAUCGAUCUUGUACAUCUGACCUUUGUAACAACGGUGAUGGUCGUCAAAUAUUAUCAGCAGCCGAUCCAGACUUUGGUGCUGGCGAGAAUUUAAUUGUCGAAGGAAAAAAUGGAUCCUUUUCAAAACAGACAAUUUCUUUAUACUUAAUCCUUUUGACAUGGGUUAUGUGUAUAAUUUUUUAAAUUUCUUAUAAUCAUAUACCUAUAUGAAUUAAAAAAAAAUGUUCUCUUCCAAUAACA